CCACACUCAUCACAAAGCGAAGCUGCUUGAGUCAGGGAAGCUGGUGGCAAGGGGCACCGCCGUGCCGCGGAACGUCAGCCGCCCUGCCCGCGCCGCCCGCCCGGAUCCCUUUGGCUGGUGCGCGGCGGCGGCGGAAGGAGGUUCACUCGCCAUGCCAAAGUUACGGAAAACCCAAGGAGGGAAGCAAGAAAAAAAAGUUAUCCAUCCUUACAGCAGAAAAGCCGCGCAGCUUGCGAGGGAAGCACACAAACAGGAAAAGAAAGAAAAGUUGAAGACUGACAAAGCUUUGCGUUUGAGUAUCAUCGGAGAAAAAUUGCAAUGGUUUCAAAGUCAUCUUGACCCCAAUAAAAUUGAGUACACAAAGAAGGAAGCUGGUGAACUAAUUGAAAAUUAUAUGUGUCGAUUCAAUGCUGAACUGGAGCAGAUUGAAUUACAAAACAGUAUUAAAGGUAGACAAGGAAGACAGCAUGGUUCACGGGAAGCUGUCAUCAAGCAGACCAUAGAACGUGAAAGACAGCUCUAUGAAGGCCAUGGAAUAGAAAUCCCAGACAUUAUGAAUAGAAAACAUCUUAAAUUUUUCAGAGAAUGGGAUGGUGAUCUGAAGAAACUGCCAAAUAUCAAAAUGAAAAAGCUGUCUGCUAGGGAUGCUGCUUGCAGUCAGCCUGAGGUGGCAGAUGUGGAAGCUAAAGAAUUGAAUAAAGCAGAAGAGGUGCCUAAUGAGCACCAGCUGAUUCAAGAGCUGAAACAGCUGAAGGGAAUUGUAAGAAACCUAUAUUAGUUAUCACUGGAAAGAUAAUAAAUUCUAACUAUAUUUGCAAAGACUUUGCUAGUUGCAUUUUUUAUGAGCUCACUGUGUACCUACGGUAAAGAGUAAACAGUGUAUUAUUAGGUAAAGCUGUAUAUUACUGGAUAAAAAAUUUUGAAUAUAAAUAAAUACCUAAAAUCUUAACUGUGUCCUUACUUCUCAUGCUGUACCUUCUCUUUAGGAUGCAGACUCCUGAGUUGACAAAGCAAUUGUAGUUUAUAUCUUGAAAUCCUGAGAAGUUGAGUACCUCUUCCCUGGUCAUAGAGCAGUCAGGAUUCAGACACCUGUUAAAAGUACUUUGUGGUGGGAAAUCUUACCUUUUCCUGGUAAUGGCAAGAAGGUAUGUCAUUUAGUAUAUAAAUAGCAGGUACCCUGGUAAACAGUGGGCCCAGCUAGUGGCAACUUUUAGCCAUGUCUUGUGGUGGUGGCUGGGAUAUCUCUAGGUGUACACAGUUUUGUGGAGAGCUGUGAUAGGCCUCAUCUCACAAAAUCCCGUGCUGUGUGGCACAGAACACUCGCCCUUGGUGUAAGAAAUGCUCUCCCAUUUGGUGGAAGUGUGUAUGCAGAUGAGAUACAUGGAGCAUCAGUUAAUCUUGAAGAACUCUUCUCUUGUACCUUCUCUUGUCUGAGAAUCUCUGUCAGGAACAUAGAGAGCUGGAAAGACUUCAAUAAGAUAUUGAGUAUUUUGUGUUUUAUGACAGGAAUUUGAGAGAAUUACACUUCCUCAUAACUCUGUAUUGAAGAAUUCAGAUCAGAAGCCAUUUAAAGUCCCUACGAGCUGUUUUUAAAUACAUCUUUUGUCCAUUUUUUUUUUUUUUUUUUGCUGACCCCUCUGUUGAGAAAGCUGUGCAUUUUAAAAUUAAGUUGCUUAGGACUUUUAAAUAGCAGGCUUGCUUUAUGAAGCAACUCUUUAGAUGCCCUGCAGGAAGGUUCUUAGCAGAUUCUCACUUUUAAUACCUUAAAAUUAAAAUUAAAAAAAAGGAAAAAAGGUUAAGGGCAAAGCUAGGGACAAUUUCACAGCAGGCAUUAAGUGGGACUUCUGUGUUAGUGUGGAUUAGAUUGUCUGGGCACGGAAGUCACAGUUCAGGUGUGCUGUCUCUACAUGUUGUAGCAGUCACUGUUCAGAUGCCUGUUGAUUAUGUGGAAAUAAUUUUUCCUGGUGGAUGAUCCUUCUAGUACUUGAUACCCAAUACAGUUCUGUGUGUUAAGCAAGGCUUUGUCAUGGUAAAUAGUUAUGUGGGUUUCCCAGGUUUCUCCUACAGAUAUCUGGGCCUGUAUUAUCUUCGCUGUGCAGUAAGUGUUACUGACGAGUGUUACUCUGUUAACAUCUAUAGUGAGUUUUUCCCUCUUUACAAAAUAGGCCUGUGCUAUCCUUCCACGUUUUAGGAAACCAGUCUAUUUAAGUAAUACAGAAUUACCCAUUGUCCUCCUUAAAUGAAUCUAAAGAAGAAAUCUGAAUGAAUUUAACAGACCUGAAGCAUGUGUGAGUGAUCUUCAGACAGACUGCAAGUCUUAAACCUGGCUAGAGGUCUUAUCCUCUGACACCAGCCACAUCUCUAUAUGCUGUCACAUCACUGCUUUGUGUUUGUGUUUUAGAAAUAACUGUGCUGAAGUGCAGGGCAGGCCCUUGAUAUUUUUUAAAAUUUGUUAAUUGAGCUGUAUUCUGGAAUUCAGCUUGUUUUGAUUUAUAAGACCUGAGGUGUUACACUGUGGUGGAGCCAGGGCGAUUGGUCUGAACUAAAGCCAUGUGUGUGUUUGUUCAGUGGUUUGACAGAUUUUGCCUUUCAGAAGAUUUCACUUUAAAUUUUUGCUUGUUUACUAUGUCUGAUGUGCUUUGAAUCUCUAAGUAGAAAUGUUGCAGAAAAAGUCACUUUCCCAUCACGUUGGGUAAAAUAUAGAAGGAAAAUGAGCAGUAAGGUAACUAGAAGAAUUGGCAUGUUACAGUAAUGACAGUAUGUUAGGCUGACGUCCUGGUGAAUGCUUUAAAAAAGAUUGUCCCACAAAGUUAUGGAGAAUGAGAUGUUCUAUAUUCCUUGAAACAAUUCACUAUUAAGUCAUUAUUAAAAAGUAAUUAUUACUUGUGUGGUUGAUGUGAAUAUUGUCAAAUAUUUGAAGUGAUUUCUUUUUUAACAACUGUU